CUCAGCCGGGCAGGAGCCCCGGGCAGCGCGGAGCUCUCAAAACCGCCCGAAAGCGGAGCUGCCCGUUCCCGGUGCCGCCGCGGGGCUGGAGGCACCAUGUGCCCGGGCAAGUGACGGCGGGGACUCGCUCCGGUGCCCAGAGAUCAGAGAUGACCAAGACAUACGCCAAGCCCAAAGAGAUGGCAGAGCUCGUGAGCACACAAACCUGGAUGGAUGAAACGCUGAGCUCCAAAGAUGAGCUGAAGGAAGAGGAUGGCAGGCAGGGUCCUUUUGGAUUGCUGUCCGGCUUGAAUGAAGAGCACGACAGCAUCGAGGAAGAAGAGGAGGAAGAGGAUGAUGGGGAAAAGCCGAAGAGAAGAGGACCAAAGAAGAAGAAAAUGACCAAGGCAAGGUUGGAACGGUUCAGGGCCAGGCGGGUGAAGGCCAACGCCCGGGAGCGCACGCGGAUGCAUGGCUUGAAUGAUGCUCUUGACAACCUGAGGAGGGUGAUGCCCUGCUACUCCAAGACCCAGAAAUUGUCCAAAAUUGAGACGCUGAGGCUCGCAAGGAACUACAUCUGGGCUCUGUCAGAGGUGCUCGAGACGGGGCAGACUCCUGAAGGGAAGAGCUUUGUGGAGAUGCUCUGCAAGGGUUUGUCCCAGCCCACCAGCAACUUGGUGGCCGGCUGUCUGCAGCUGGGACCCCAGACCUUGUUCUUGGAGAAGCACGAAGAGAAGUCCCUGGUGUGUGAAUCAGCCAUAUCCAGUCACUCCUUCAGCUACCAGUCCCCAGGGCUCCCAAGCCCACCCUAUGGGUCCAUGGAAACACAUCUGCUGCAUUUAAAGCCUCCAACCUUCAAGAGCUUGGUAGAUGCUUCCUUUGGAAACCAUCCCUCUGACUGCAGCACUCCCCCCUACGAAGGUCCUCUGACGCCACCACUGAGCAUCAGCGGGAACUUCUCCUUGAAGCAAGAUGGGUCUCCAGACCUGGAUAAAUCCUACCCCUUCAUGGCCCACUAUCCCUCAGUCAGCCUGGCUGGAGCACAUGGACAUGCCGCUCACUUCCAGAACACAGUGCCCCACUACGAGAUCCCCAUAGACAUGAGCUACGAGUCCUACCCACACCACGUGGCCGGCCCUCAGCUCAACGCCAUCUUCAAUGAGUAGCAAAGCAGAGUUAGACCCAAAUUGUUGUCGGGGAGAGAAGUUCAGCUGUGUAGUGGAGCUAUUUCUAGAAUGGACACAACUGGAAAGAGGAUAUCACUGCCACGGGGUGAGAGACUUCUGAGCAUCUCUGCAGGACAGGUUCAGCUGACCCUCCUGUCCUCCCCAACUGCACUGGUGCCACCUUGCUGAUUUCCGAGUUGUCCACAGGAGCCACGUGGACCCUUCCUAACAAUGGAACUCUGAGCAGCCACCUCCAAAAGCUGAGCCGUUGUCUCUCUCUCCCUCAGAGAUGCUCAAGAAGGUGGCUUUGCCUUCACCGUGCAGGACUUUCUGCCUGAACGCACUCCAGCACUUGGGAUCGUCCAUUGCCAGGAUGUUAUGGUUCCUUUUCCUCCCUCCUUGGGGUGGUGGGGUGUGGGCACACCUUGGUCUCGCUUCAGGUGGAGAUAAGCCACUCCUGCCCCUUGGGAGAACUGGUUCUCCUUUCACACGCUCCACUGGGGUUAUGGUUUUCCCAUGUCAGCCAUCGUUGGACAGGCUGGCAGGGAUGGGAAUGGUCUCAACGUCGUUGCUCCUCCUUGAAGCUUUCCACCCAACAGAGAACCUUGUCUUUGCUACCACUGUAUUAUCCAGGGACGGAGUGGUCCAGCGAGGCUCCAAGCUUCUCUGUGAUGGCCCCUCCACCUCCUGGACUGAGCCUUGGCUGCCUGUCCUCUUUUGAGCCUCAGACCUCACCUGUGACCUCCAACCAGCAUGAGAUGAUUAGCACGCGGCUCUUGAAACCUCAUUAUGGGACUGUUGAGCUUUCAGAACACGAAUAUCUGGGCUGGAAGAGGAGCUCACAGCUCAACCCUUGAGGUCCGUGUCUUUGUAGCAUUAUUUAUCAUGAUCCGCGUCCUGAAGACAUCCUGCCAAAAGAAGUGUGUCUUAAUUUCCUCUUUUAUUUAUUAUUUACUGGGGGGGGGGUGUUGGGUGUCUAAUUUAUUUCCCUUCCAUUUUCCAUGAAAUGUGGAAUAUCCUGAACGACCUCCUCAUUUUCCAGUUGCCCUCCGAGCACUUCAUUAGCUUUGUGGAGACGUGUGGCUUUUUCUUGCAGUGCUGUAACCUCCAGGGUUUAUUUAUUAGCCAUUAUUUAUUUAAUUUAUUUGCUUCCUGCCCCUCGCGGUCUAUUUUUUUUUUGGGUGAUGAAACCAAGUAUUUAACCAUAUUUAAUGUUGAACUACAUCUUGAACACAGCCAUUCCUUGGCUUUUGGCAGCUGAUUUUUUCCCGGCAGCUCCUGACUCAUCCCUUGUAUUUCUAUAUUAGCAAUAAUUUUGAAAGGCUAUGCAAUUAUUUUUUUUGUUUUCAAGAGAAUCCAGGCAACUAUUUUUGAUGUCCCACUGGCCUUGCGAGCCCAUCUGGCCCAAACCUCCCCGUUUCGCAGAGGUGUUUUGUAUAGAGUUGGGAAUUUGAAGAUGAUUUGAGCUCCCAAGGUCCCUGCCUGGCCCCUGGGUCCCUUUUGUACUGAGAGCAAAUGUUUAUCCUUUUGUAAAGAAAGCAGAGUUGGGUUUUUAGCUCAAAUAAAGUUGUGGUCUUGUUUC